AUGAAAGGACAUAAAAGCAUAAUUCCUACCUCUCUCCAGUCAUCAUAUACACAAAUACUACACAAAGGACAUCCUGGAAUAAAAGCUACAAAACGCAGAGCACAUGAAAUUGUCUAUUGGAGAUCAAUGUGCGAUGACAUAAAAAAUGUUGUGUCAUCCUGCCAGGUAUGUAAUGCCCUAAAGUCACAUCAAGCCAAGGAGCCCUUACUUUUACAUAACAUUCCAGAUCUACAAUGGACGAUUGUUGCCACAGAUAUAUUUGAGUGGAACAAUAAGCAUUUCCUGGUACUCGUAGAUUCCUAUUCCGGAUGGUUUGAAGUGAAUACUUUAACUGACUUAACAUCAGCCACGGUAAUAGUGAAACUGAAGCGUCACUUUGCUACCCAUGGUACACCACGGAUUCUCAUAACUGACAAUGGAGGUCAGUAUUCAGGUCAACAAUUCAAACAGUUCGCAUCAGAAUGGAACUUUGUUCACAUCACGAGUAGUCCUGAACAUGCCCAAUCAAAUGGCCUUGCAGAGAAUGCGGUAAUUAAAGCAGGCAAAGAUGUUGUUAGAAAAGACACAAAGAGAUGGAUCAGAUAUCUAUCAAAAUCUUCUGAACUUACGCAAUGUGCCAAGAGAUAA